CCGCCCUCCUCCGCCCUCCCUCAGAUUCUCUCCGAUUCCCCAAACCCUAAAGAUCCACCUCUCUCCUUCUCCGAUCGUCUCUCGGCAAUCGGAGACCGCCGCUAGUUCGAGCCGGUCGAUCCCUCUAUGUCCGGCUGCGCUCGAGCUCCCAACCGCCAACCAGCGCCGGCGACGGCGGUCACAGGCGGCGGCGCCCAGAUCCUGCCGCCGUUGAGGCGUCACCUCGCGUUCGAGUCCACGAAGCCGCAGCCGUUCCCUCCCGACAAUUACCACCGAUUCGCCGGCGGUGCUCGCAGAGCUGGAGACCAAGAACCUGAAGCUAUUUAUGUUCGAUCUCCUCAACUUACUCGGAAGGACAACAAUGAAGUUGAGUACAGUGAUUGGACCUGCAGUCCCGGAAAUACUAAUAUUAUUCAGAGUCCCCUUCUGACUCCUCCAAUGUCUGCAAAAGGGGGAAGGGUAAACAAUAGGUCAAAGGCUUCCAAGGGAGGUAGAUCUGGACCUCAGACUCCUGUGUCAAAUGUUGGUUCCCCGUCUACUCCAGCCGGAAGCUGUCGUUAUGACAGUUCCUUGGGUCUGUUGACAAAAAAGUUCAUCAAUUUGAUUAAGCGUGCAGAGGAUGGAAUUCUUGAUCUAAACAAAGCAGCAGAAACUUUGGAGGUUCAGAAGAGGCGGAUAUAUGACAUUACAAAUGUUUUGGAAGGAAUAGGUCUCAUUGAAAAGAAGCUGAAGAACAGGAUACGUUGGAAGGGAUUUGAUGCUUCAAUGCCAGGAGAGUUGGAUGGUGAUCUCUCUAUAUUACAGGCAGAAGUUGAAAAUCUAUCCUUACAAGAGCGCAGAUUAGAUGACCGAAUAAGAGAGAUGCAAGAAAAGUUGAGGGAUUUGAGCGAAGAUGAAAACAACCAAAAGUGGCUUUUUGUGACUGAAGAUGACAUUAAAGGCCUACCUUGCUUCCACAAUGAAACCCUGAUAGCAAUCAAAGCUCCACAUGGAACCACCUUGGAAGUCCCAGAUCCUGAUGAAGCUGUUGACUAUCCACGGAGGAGAUACAGGAUAAUACUUAGAAGCACAAUGGGACCCAUUGAUGUCUACCUUGUCAGUCAAUUUGAGGAAAAGUUUGAGGAUGUGCAUGGAGCUGAGCCACCUGUGAGCUUCCCAAUGGCUUCUGUUUCUGGGUCCAGUGAACACCCAAUAACAGAAGUGGUAACUGUUGAAAGCAGUGGGAAGGAAAUUGAGCCUUGGCCGCAACAGGCUCAUCACCUGUGCUCUGAUUUAAACGCUUCUCAGGAGUUUGCUGGGGGAAUGAUGAAGAUUGUUCCUUCUGAUGUUGAUAAUGAUGCAGACUACUGGCUUUUGUCUGAUGCUGAAGUUAGCAUUACAGAUAUGUGGAGGACGGAUUCUGGUGUUGGAUGGAAUGGGACAGACAUUCUUCAUGCUGACUUUGGAGUGACUGAUGUUAGUACACCAAGGCCGCAAACUCCGCCAUCUAGGGUUGUUGAAGUCCCAUCUCAUGCAGUUAACUUCGCUCAAAGGUGAAUCUUCAUUUGUGUAACGGGGUAUCUGUAGAAAUUUCGUGUAUCCACCAUCAGUGGCCUUCCAUCUGUGUCAAGUAUUGCUAGGAGAUGCAACAUAGGCGAAGCAUUUGGAAGAAGCUGACGGAUGACUGGCCGGGAACUAUUGUUAUACUGUACAGUUCAGUAUGUCCUUGACCCCUGUUGUAGAAAUAAAGAGUUCAUCGUAAAACUGUAGAAGCUGCAGAUAUUCAGCAAGGAGCGAAACAUUGAGGGAUGGCACGUCCAAUAAUGGUAGUCGACUCUACAUACGGGAGAAUAGUAAUGCUGAAUCUGGUUGUAUGAUGCAUGCUCGUUCAUUAAUGUAUGCACACACCAUGAGGGGGUUCUGUUUGGAAUCCUUGUCUGUAAAUGCUGUGAUUUUAAGCAUGUUGCAGGACCGGCGUGCCGGAUGUUGUUAGGGCAGCAAAGGUUUUCUAGUCCUCAGUUCUAUCUGAUUUUAACGUUAAGACUGCUAAAACAUAAACAAUUGGCAACAUCUUUUAUUAA